AUGUCUCCCAGAAUCCUCUUCGUUCUCACUAGCCGAGCUAAGAUGAACAAUGGUGCACCUACUGGAUGGUACUUGCCUGAGUUUGCCCGCCCUUACUUCCACCUGAUUGGUCCAGAUGAGGCAAAGCCCAGAGCCGAAAUCGUCGUUGCUUCCCCUGCUGGUGGCCAUGCUCCCAUUGACGAAGUAUCUGUGAAGAACUUCAAGGACGAUGCCUCGGUCAAGUUCUAUGAAACCAAGAAGAACCUUUGGGAGCAGACCGCUGCCCUCAAGGAUUUCCACGGAAAGGCAUCCGAGUUUGAUGCCAUUUUCUACCCCGGUGGCCACGGCCCCAUGUUCGACCUCGUCAACGACCAGGACUCCAUCAAGCUGAUUGAAGAAUUCUACAAUGCCGGCAAGGUUGUUGCAGCUGUCUGCCACGGCCCCAUCGCUUUCGUGAACGCCGUUGUGGACGGAAAGCCGCUCCUCAGCGGCCGCAGGGCCACUGGCUUCAGCAACGCCGAAGAAGACGCCAUCAAGCUGUCCGAGGCCAUGCCAGCUCUGCUCGAGGAUGAAAUCAAGCGCGUAGGUGGCACCUAUGUUAAAGCAGAUGCCCUAUGGAAGGAGCAGGUCGUCGUUGAUGGACGAAUCAUCACCGGCCAGAACCCCAACUCUGCCCAGGGUGUUGGUAUCGCCAUUGCUCAGGCACUUGGUCUUGACUCUGCAUAA